CGAUUCGUGGGUUUUUCAGAAACAUAUAGGCCUCAAACAGAGCUCUAAUUAGCUUCUCUUCUUCUUUAACGGAACAUAAAUUAGGGUUUUGCUUGUUUUCGUUCAAUCGAACUUCGAAAAAAUUUGUCCGACAUUAAGAAAAAUGGCUUUCUUGGUUUCUCGUACGGGUCGCCAGUUCCAGAGGUACAACGAGGGUCGCCGCCAAGUUGUCGGGUGUAUUCCGUAUAGAUUCAAGAUAUCGAGUGACGAGGGGACAAUGAGUGAGGAACUUCAAGUUCUUGUCAUCACUUCACAGAAGAGUCACGCUAUGAUGUUUCCCAAGGGUGGCUGGGAGCUUGACGAAUCCGUAGAAGAAGCGGCUUCUAGAGAAUCCCUCGAGGAAGCCGGGGUUCUUGGCAACAUUGAGCGUCAACUGGGGGAGUGGGAUUUCAUGAGCAAAAGCAGAGGCACGUUCUAUGAAGGGCUCAUGUUCCCAAUGCUCGUCAAAGAACAGCUUGACCUUUGGCCCGAGCAACAUCUUCGUCAACGCCUUUGGAUGAGAGUGGAUGAAGCAAGAGAGGCGUGUAGGGAUUGGUGGAUGAAGGAAGCUUUGGAUGUUCUUGUUGAGAGGCUUUCUUCAAAAUAAGAGUAAUGAAUAUAUAUAUAUAUAUAUAUAUGAUCGCAUGUGAUAAUUUCUGUAUAUAAAUUGAAACUUGGAAGAACGAAUAAGAGAAACGUUAGAAGAUUUUAUUAGGAGGAAGCAGGACAUGUGUGAAUAAUUAUGUUCUUCUUAUUCUCUCGAUCAACGAAUGAUGAAUUGUAUUUUUUUUUCCAUAAUUUUUAAAAGCAUAUA